GCCCAGGAGCGAGCAUGGCGCGCGGGCGGUCGUUGGCCGGGGGUACCAGAAGAUGCACCUGCAACAGUGGUUCAGUAGGAGUGAAGAUUGUGAAUGAAAUCCAGCAAGUACCACACUGCUUCUCCCUUUGCAUUGUGAAAGACUUCCUGUAGCCUUUGCGAGAGGAAGUCAGGAGAGAAGGGCUGCUUGUCAUCAUGAAGCUGAAACAACGGGUGGUGCUUCUGGCAAUCCUUCUUGUUAUCUUCAUUUUCACCAAGGUUUUCCUCAUAGACAACCUGGACACAUCGGCAGCUAACCGCGAGGACCAGCGUGCUUUUCACCGUAUGAUGGCAAGCUUGCGGGUGGAACUAGAUCCACGCCUUGACCACACCCUGCAGUCGCCCUGGGAGAUUGCGGCCCAGUGGGUGGUGCCGCGUGAAGUGUAUCCAGAGGAGACGCCAGAACUGGGGGCAGUAAUGCAUGCCAUGGCCACAAAGAAGAUCAUCAAAGCAGAUGUGGGAUAUAAGGGCACCCAGCUCAAGGCGCUGCUCAUCCUGGAAGGCGGACAGAAGGUAGUCUUCAAACCGAAGAGGUAUGCCAGAGACUAUGUGGUAGAAGGGGAGCCUUAUGCUGGAUAUGACAGGCACAAUGCAGAGGUGGCAGCCUUCCAUCUGGACAGAAUCUUGGGUUUCCGACGAGCCCCCAUGGUGGUUGGCAGGUUUGUGAAUCUCCGCACAGAGAUCAAACCGGUUGCCACGGAACAGCUGCUUAGUACCUUCCUGACAUUAGGUAAUAAUACUUGUUUCUAUGGGAAGUGCUACUAUUGCCGGGAAACAGAACCAGCCUGUGCUGAAGGAGACACCAUGGAGGGAUCGGUCACCCUGUGGCUGCCGGACGUUUGGCCUCUUCAGAAGCAUCGGCACCCGUGGGGAAGGACAUACAGGGAAGGCAAACUGGCCAGGUGGGAAUACGAUGAGAGCUACUGUGAAGCUGUGAAGAAGACCUCGCCCUACGACUCAGGCCCACGGCUGCUCGACAUAAUAGAUACGGCCAUCUUUGAUUAUUUAAUUGGAAAUGCUGACCGACAUCAUUACGAAAGCUUUCAGGAUGAUGAAGGGGCCAGCAUGCUUAUUCUGCUGGACAAUGCCAAAAGCUUUGGGAAUCCUUCCCUAGAUGAGAGAAGCAUUCUUGCACCUCUUUAUCAAUGCUGCAUCGUCCGCGUCUCCACUUGGAACAGGCUGAACUACUUGAAGAACGGCGUGCUGAAGUCUGCCUUAAAAACUGCCAUGUCACAUGACCCCAUCUCACCUGUGCUGUCUGCCCCUCAUAUGGAUGCCCUGGACCAGCGACUCCUAAACAUCCUGGCUACUGUAAAACAAUGUACAGACCAGUUUGGACCAGACAUUGUGCUGGUGGAAGACAGGAUGACACUUUCCCAUUUGUAGCUUUAACCGUUGGUUGGGAUUCUUUCAUUCCUUUUCCCCCUUUCGUUUUUUAUACAAAUAAACAAACAAUAGAAAAACAGCACAAUUGGUUCUGCGAGGCUGCAAGCAGGAUGGACUGGAAUAAGAGGAGAAAAUAGCAGCGGUUUGAAAGCCCAGCUGAAAUCAAGGAACUUGCCCUCCGGUAGACCUGUAUCGUUUUUGGAUGUCCAUUGCUGGCAGUGGAUGUUGCGUUGGGAGCUCUCCUGGGAUUCCUUGAGAAGAAAUGGGAACUGGGCACCAACACAAACUGGUUCUAGGGAACAGUGGUAGUCCCCUCACCAGUCCCAAAUAUAAUCUUAGUCCAGUUCCAGGUUUUAAAGAACAGGCUGUCCUGGCAUUCGUGCCGUCUGCCUAAAAAGAGAGCAGCGAGUCGAAUGCGACUGUUAAAGAGAAGGCGCUCCUGCAACACGCAUGCACCCCCCCCAUCCACCCCCCAGCCAUCUUUGGCUGGAACUUUCUCAAGAGCUCUGUGGAGAAAAAAAGUUCAGCUGAACCCUUCAGUGCCAACAUUUAAGGAGAAGGGCUGUUUAAUUUCCUUGUUGAAAGCAAUACAUCAUCGGCAAGGCUGAACGAUGACAAACAGGCCCAGCCAGUCAUCAAGAUUAGAGUAUUUGCAGUCGUGGCUGUGUCCCUACAUGCAAGAGUCCUUCCUGCCUUGAUUUAAAUGCCAUUCCAUUAAUACUGAAUUCUUUAAAAAACAAAACAAAACCCACGCACACACUAAGCAGUACACUACAAUUGAACAGGAUUCUUAUUUUAAACAGAGGGGAAGGAGUGAGCCCCUUUGUUAUAUCCUCUCAGUAUUGACAGCCUUUCCUGAGACAAAUGGGGUUUGUUGCUGAACUUUGCCAAUAAUUUAAAAGAUGGAUGCUACCAAGGGCGUGGAAAUGUUUCUGAUCGGUGUGUCAUUUCUUCUGUAACGCAGUCAUAGGUGCCACACUGUCAUUUCUUAGGGCUGGGCUGAACUUAACAAGCAUCUUCAGUAUGCUUUUUCUAAUUGGCAGAUACUUUCUCCUUUUAAAUUCAAGUUGUGAUCUGCUGGCUUUGUGACCAUAAACCUGCAAUUGUGUUUCUAAGCUUGAGGAUGUUUCUGGUGUGUCCCUAUUUCAAAAGGUAAAGCUGCUCUCCCUCCACUAUAUUUAAGAGAGAUUGUUGAAGCGAAUUCUGUGUGUUAAGUCUGACAUGGAGUAGUGUAGUGAUCUGUGAUAAGAGUGAUGCUUCUGGGAAGCCAUUCAAGAGAAACUUAAAGAUGGGGUCUAAACAUCGCCUCUCUAGCUGGGCGGGGGGGGGGGUCAUUAGUUUGGGCAAAUGAUGUAGCAUCCUCCUACGGUAUUUUUUGUGAGCCGCCCUGAGGCUUUGUUGCGAUGGGGGCAGCAUAGAAAUGUUUUAAAUUAAAUAAAUAAAUACAGAAAUAGACCUGGCCAAGCCUUGGAGCACAAGCAUUUUAUGGCUCUAUUUCAAUGAUUUCCCCCCACCCCCAGAGCAUUUUCGGGCUUGUGUUCUCCAUCUAUGCCAGUAAUUGUGUUACUGAUGUAAACAACAGUAGCUUGAAGUCUUGACUUGAGCAAGUGAUCCAGUGGAACAAAGAACUUUUAGAAAUUAAUUGGUUUCUGAUGCAGCUUCAGCUAAAAUACAUUGAGUUGCAAUAAGGUAUAAUAGUUGAUAUUUGGUUCCUCAAGGGUUGUUGCUACAAUGGAAAUUUAACUUGAAGCUAGGAUCAGCUCAAGUGGUUAAGUUACAUUCUUUGGUCACAUGAAAAGCCUGCUCUUAGAAGUAAUGUUGCAUCCAGAAGUGGAUGCUGGUGGGGAACCCUGUUACAACUUAGUUGCAAUUCUUGAGACAUCUCUCAUGUUCCCCUUAUCCUUACACAGGUAGCUGCAUGCCAGUAUGAGGCCAUCUGAUCCAAGUUGGUUAAAAGAGGUUAAUUUCAGUAAUGGACAUAGAAGUAGCUUUGAAACACUGAGGUAUUUGAAAGAGGUGCCUCAGUCUGAAUUGGCAAGAAGGCUAAAAGAAACCAUAUAAGCUUCUAUUUUGGCAUCUAACGAACUGGAACUGUCAAUUAAAAAAAAGAAAGAAACUAAUUUAUUUAAGAAGGCAACUUAUUUGUGUGGCAGCUGAAGCAGAAUGCUCAGCCAUUACACCUUUUCUUGGAACUGCUAAGGUUGCCCUGGGGAACAGCUGCAAAUGGAAGCUGUCAGGAGAAGAGCAAACGCAAUGUAAUCUCAACCAUGUUCUGUGUUUCCCCAGGGUCAAACUCUGCAUAAAUAAGUAUUCAGUGAAUAAAGGUUUUAAUAAAACGAGA